AAUCUGCGCUCCUUCUCUACGGCAAGGCAACCGAUAUGCGCGGUGGCAGCUUUCGAGCCAGGCUGUUGCCUCAGCGCGACAAAAACUUGAACUCUGGAGCCUGGGCGGGUGGUGAUAACCGCGGGCAAAACACGUUCCGUGGUGAGCAGGAUCAGGAACGCGUAAGUGGACGCCUUCUACGCCUAUAUGUGAGGUAUUGUGCUUGUCGAGCUUUGUCGGCCGCCUUCGGUUAUGAAGACGAGUGAACGUGUAAGCCGCUAAAGCACAACUGUCGAUACGUUUUAGCGAAGGUGAGCCAUGGGCAAAAGGAUGUCCCCGGAAUCGUGGUUCCUGUUGCUGCUAAUAGCCUCAGCUACCUCCGAAGAUGCCAAGGACGCGUGUCAAGUGGCUGGCUGUGCAUGCACCGUGUUUGAUGACGUCGGUGAAAUGUUCCUUCAGUGUGCGAACCGCUCGCUCCUCAGUCUACCCGAACUUGCUAGUGGCGUGGUCGGUGUGGACGCCAGCCAUAACAUGAUCAGUGAGGUGACAAAGUUCCCAAAGCUGUCCCUGGAAGUGUUGGACUUGCACUUCAAUCGCAUCAGCGAGAUACCAGCCGGUGUGUUCGCCGAACUAAGCAUGCUCGAAAUGUUGGACCUGAGCCACAACAACAUCGCUGACGUGACUCCGGAGUGCUUCGAGGGACUCGCGAGUCUCACGGUGUUGAAUCUGACCGAGAACUUUCUGGAGGUUCUCCAUCCCAAAGUGUUUAGUGCGACGCCACUUCUCAAGAAGCUUCUGCUUGCCGGAAACAACCUGAAGGCCAUCGACUCGUCAUGGCUGGCCAGUCUUCCCAAGCUGGACCACCUGGACUUGCGUAUGCUUGGCCUUCGCUCGCUACCGAAAGACGUGUUUCGGGACCUGCCGCUGCUGCAUCUCAUAGAGCUUUCGCAGAACGAGUUCGAAGAAGUGCCAGCAAAGGCUCUGGCUAGCGCCAAGUCCCUGAAGAUCUUACACAUGGAGCAAAAUCCCAUCGUUACGCUCACCGCGGAGUCAUUCGCCGAUAUCGUCGCUAUCGAAGAGCUACAUCUUUCGGCCAUGCCCAUAUUGGAGACUGUGGAGGAGGGAGCCUUCGUUGGCCUGCAGCACCUGAAAAUACUGGACCUCGCCAACAAUCCGAAGUUGAGUUACAUUGCUGUUGGAGCUCUUAGUAUUGAGCCCGGCAACAAUACGCUGAAGGAACUGUACUUGUCCUAUGCCAACCUGACGUCACUUUCUUUCGACGGCUACGAAUGGUGCAGCGUUGACGUCCUGGAUCUGCGCGGUAACCCCUGGCACUGUGACUGCUCCUUGUAUUGGGUCCAAGGCUGCCACUUCGCACCGGAACUUACGACCAAGUUUUUGUGCAGCUCCCCGGCCGCUCUCUCGGGCAUGCCGGUGAUGCAGCUUACCGACGAUGACGUGCAGUGCGUGCAGCACAGCGCGGCAGCUUCGGGUGACGGCGAAGAGGAGCACCACCACGGUCACAUGACGCUGCGGCUGCUGGUGGUCACUGCGGGACUCGUGACGCUGCUCAUGGUGCUGGCCGUGGCGCUGGUCGCCUUCAGGCACAGAGACAUUCGCGACUGGUUCCAGGACAGGAAGCGCAUCGGCGCCGUCUACUACGUCAAGGCCAACUCGGGCCCCUCGUCCCGUUGCUCUCAAGUGUGAUACUCACGGUGUAUACGCGGAGAUCGGAUGAACCCCGGCCCUGUCCCUGUUGGAGCUACCUUCCCACCAGACCCUUUUUCUGCGCCAUAAAUUUACUGGCGCAUUUGUACAUACACAUUUAGUGAAAUAUAACGGACUUGCUUUUCGUCUUCGAAA